GUUGAUUUUAUCGAAUUUGGUUACACGACGAAUCAGCCAAUCAGGUAGAGAAAAGGUAAUUAGUCACGAACUAUAGGGGCAAUUAUGGAAUGCCGUCCUCGCACCACCAUUCCAUCCUCCGGCGGUCUGUAUAGAGUCAGAGACCCUUCAGCAGAUGACCUAGCAAAGGCACAAGGCACGAACACCCUAUCAUACUUCAUACAUAUAUUCUGAUGACAUUUACAGCUGAAUCUCUUCAAGUGAGAAGCUGUUGCCAAUGAAGUCGCGCGCGAAAUUUGCCCUCCCUUUAUUGCUCGCUUUGAGUUUACUGCGACACCGUUGGAGUCGGCCCCUCAAGCAUUCAGGAGAGACCCGGGCCACCCUCAGUGGCACCACAGCGCCUUCCAUGAUGUCCGUAAUAGCGUUCGAUCCGACGUUCGUCGCAUGCUCCACACCCGAGCCGAGGUUCCUUUUCAGGUACCGUUGGAAGUGAAUGUGGUGCUGAUCGGGUUUAAUGAAGAUGGAGGCUAUAGGUACACGGUAGAUGCGCACAAAUUGGAGGAGUUACUGAGGGUCAGCUUCCCAAAUCACAGACCGUCAUGCUUGGAGACUGGCGAGCCCCUGGACAUUGAGCAUCACGUUGUCUACAAUGUUUUUCCGGCUGGGCAGCCAGAAUUGAUAGCACUUGAGAAGGCACUGAAGGAGGCUAUGGUUCAUACUGGGUCGGCAAGAGAGACUGAUUUUGGAAGGGAUGUGCCUACAUUUGAUGUUGAAGCAACAAAAGUUGAACCCGUAUUUCAGAAGCUAUAUUCCUACAUAUUUGACGUGGAUGAGGUGGGGGUAUCGACGGACACAGAUGGACCUAUGCCUAGUGCUAUCUUUGUUGUCAACUUUGAUAAGGUAAGAAUGGAUCCUAGAAAUAAGGAUAUAAAUCUGGACAGUUUCAUGUAUGGAAAGGUUACCCAGCUAACUGAAGAAGAUUUGAAAAAGCAAGAAGGAGACUAUAUCUAUCGUUAUAGAUACAAUGGAGGUGGAGCCUCACAAGUUUGGCUUGGCUCAGGCAGAUUUGUUGUCAUUGACCUCUCAGCAGGUCCUUGCACAUAUGGAAAGAUCGAAACUGAGGAGGGAAGUGUAAGUUCUAAAACACUGCCACGGAUACGGUAUGUGAUGUUUCCAAGAGGUCAGACUGCAGUCAAUGAUCAUUCUACACCUGAAAUUUUUCUUGGACAACUUGCCAUGUUGGUAGCAACCACAGUUGAGCAUGUUAUAGCUCCAGAUGUUAGGUUUGAAAUUGUUGAUUUGACAACAAGGUUACUUAUACCCAUCAUUGUUCUCCAAAACCAUAAUCGAUACAAUAUUUUGGAGCCAGGCCAUAAUUACAGCAUAAAUGCUGGAGCAAUUGAAUCUGAGGUGAAGAAGAUGGUCCAUGAUGGUCAAGAAGUUGUAAUUGUUGAUGGAACACAUGCAUUACAUAGCCAUGAAAAGUUGGCUAUUGCUGUUUCCAAAGCGAUGCGGGGCUAUUCCUUGCAAGAAACUAAGAAGGAUGGGCGUUUCCAUGUCCAUACAAAAACAUAUCUAGAUGGUGCCAUUCUUAAAGAAGAGAUGGAACGAUCUGCUGAUGUGCUAGCUGCAGGUUUGCUUGAGGUGGCCAAUCCAUCUCUUUCAAGUAAAUUUUUUCUUCGCCAGCACUGGAUGGAUGAUACAGAUGGCUCUAGUGAUUCCAUUCUAAAGCAUAAACCGCUAUGGGCAACUUAUGAAGCAAAAAGUGGCAAGAAGAAGAAAAAGAAAACACAAAAGAAACAUGGUGAUCUGUACCGGACUUAUGGAACCAGAGUUAUUCCUGUCUUUGUGCUAUCAUUGGCUGACGUGGAUCCACACCUUAUGAUGGAGGAUGAUGGCCUUGUAUGGACAAGUAAUGAUGUUGUCAUUGUCCUUCAGCACCAAAACGAGAAGAUACCUCUAAGUUAUGCUUCAGAAACAGAAAGAAGGCAUGCCAUUCCAUCACAAGCAAAGCGCCACAUAUUGGCUGGCCUUGCAUCUGUUGCUGGUGGGCUGAGUGCACCUUAUGAAAAGGCCUCUCAUGUGCAUGAAAGGCCAGUUGUGAACUGGCUCUUGGCAACUGGCUGUCACCCAUUUGGUCCAUUUUCUAAUACUUCUCUCGUCAGCCAAAUGCUACGGGAUGUUGCGCUGAGGAAUACCAUAUAUGCACGUGUUGAUUCCGCACUCCGCAGAAUACGUGAAACUUCAGAGGCUGUGCAAGUUUUUGCAGCAGAGUAUCUGCAAACCCCUCUUGGUGAACCUGUGAAAGGCAGGAAGAACAAGACUACAACUGAGCUAUGGCUAGAAAAGUUCUACAAGAAAACAACUAACCUGCCUGAACCUUUACCACAUGAACUGGUUGAAAGAUUGGAGAAAUAUUUUGAUAGCCUUGAGGAGCAGCUUGUAGAUUUGUCUUCCUUGUUAUACGAGCACCGUUUACAGGAGGCACAUUUGAACAGUUCAGACAUCUUCAAAGUUCUAUUUUCUCCCAGCAGUAAGUUGAUCAUGUUCUCGCCGGUGAGAGGGAAAAAAUGAGAUGCUGUGAAAUUGAGUACAAGUAUCCUGUGCAGACUUCUCAAACUUACAUCUACGGAGGAAUUCUUAUUGCUGGGUUUUUCGUAUAUUUUGUUGUCAUUUUCUUUUCAUCUCCAGUCCGCUGAUUAUGAAUGAGCUGAGGGAGAUUAUCAACUGAUUCAGGCUCCAGUGUUUGCAUAAUCUAUAUAGGAAAUUUACCAGAGUCUUGAUGGAUUAAUCUGUAUUUCUACAGUGCAAGAAAUAGUCUUAGGAUUUGAAAAUUGUUUCGAUUAUUGGAAGCAUAGCCUCUAGUUGCUUAUUGUUGAUCA